GUCUGUCCACUGCGAACCCUGUAAAUGGACUACUUUCAUUUCUGUUUUGGAGAGCUGUAAUUGCCUUGCAGAAGAAUUUGCUUGCUGCUGUCUUGAAAGGUGACCCCAUGCCUUCAUUCUGCUUUAAGGAUUUAGAUUGUAUUUUAGUACAUAGACAAAAGUUCUACAGUUGGUUUAUUUAAAACAAAAUGAUAACCACCAGAGAGUUCCUUUGUUUAAAAGAGGCCAGACCAGUCUUAAAAAUAAACAGCUUUGUAUGUAAAUAGACUUGUGAUGAUUACAGGCUUGGAUAAUAGCCAAAGCUUGCGUGAACUGAACUCUGUUUUGCAUUAAAAUGUGAUGCCUUACAGGAUCAGUGCGUCUAACUUAAGACAGCUACCUGAUUACCAUGAGACUGGGAGGCUGCCUUGUUUCCUGCCCUUCAAUAGCUAUUCACUGCAUUGAAAGGCAUGAAACCGUUCAGAAGAAACACAGUUGCAAAGCUUUCAGUAUACAGGAAACUAAUAGAAAGCGUUUUUGCACCAGCAGUCCAAUUUCUUCCUGAGGCCUGUAGGAGAUGGAGUUUGAAGAACUGAUGAGAGAGAAGCACAUCGAACAACAGACACCGCAGCUGUGACUAUGAGUCUUCGUUAGCUGUGAGCCUUCCCAGGAAUCAAUUGCUUCCAAGACGUAGACGAUGGCUGCAUUGCAGAAGCACAUGCAUGCAUAUGUGAAUGUGUAAGAAGACCAGCUGUGGGGGUUCUUAAGUGAAGAUUGUAUUCUGAUUAAUUUGUCUUUGCUGAGGUUGCUUCAUUGAUUAUUUGCUUAGGAUCUUGGUAGGUGAAGGAAAACCCACUUUCACUGUCAUCAAAGGCUCAUUCUAAUUCAGUAGCAGUUGAGAUGGCGUGUCGGAAGCACUACAGCAUGCUGCCUUAGGUCAAAACCAAUGGCUUCAGGUUUGUAAUUUGUUUGGAUCUUUUGUCUUUUGGAUUACAGUGUUGGCCAGGCACUCUCUGUGCUGAAUCAAGCUAUUGUUUGGGAGCCCAGAGAUUUCACACUGCAAAUCUUUGACACCCCCCACCCCCACCCCUUGCACUUUGGCUGAGAAGACACAGAAUGUGCCUUUACUGCACAUGAAUCUGGAAAUUAUAAGCAAGCCUGAGAGCAAGUGAUGUGGAAUGCAUUGUGGGACAUGUGUAAAACUGGAUCAUUUGAGGAAAAAGGAACAGAUCCGUAUUUUUAUUUUUCAUUGAGGAGGUUAGAAUACAAAAAGAUGUAUGGUGAUUCUCUCAGAACCACUGUUGGAGUUUGAUGUUAAAGGCCACAGAGAGCGAGUGGUGGGGGCCAUCACAUGUGGCUAAAGGAUUAGACUGCAGGUAGCCUCAAAAUGAAGAAGACACGGAGUACAACCUUGCGUCGAGCAUGGCCUAGUUCUGAUUUUUCUGAUAGAGCCUCAGACCGCAUGAGGUCUCGCAGUGAAAAGGACUACCGGCUGCACAAGCAUUUUCCACCGGCUUUUAUUCCUCAGCCGUCACGGGGCUACAUGACAUCAGGUGAUGUGUCACCAAUCAAUAUGUCUCCCAUUAGCCAGUCACAGUUUAUACCACUGGGGGAAAUCCUUUGUUUGGCUGUCUCCGCUCUAAACUCUGCCAGAAAACCCGUAACACAUGACGCUCUGAUGGAACACCUAGCAACAUGCUUUCCAGGAGUUCCAGCACCAAGCCCAGAAGUUCUUCGACAUACAUUGAAUAUGCUUGUGAGAGAACGGAAAAUCUACCAUACUCCAGACGGUUACUUUAUUGUUACCCCACAAACUUAUUUUAUAACACCAUCUCUUAUCAGAACCAAUAGCAAAUGGUAUCAUUUAGAUGAAAGGAUACCUGAUACGCCGCAGUGUACCUCUCCCCAGUCAGGAACUAUCACACCAUCUGCUUCAGGCUGUGUAAGGGACAGAACGCACCACAAAAACCACUGCGAUUCAUGCAACUGUCCUCGAGAAGACAUGCAUAGUACUCAUGCAUCAACACUACAAAGAAAAUCACCUAAGGAAUGCAAGGACAUGUAUAGCCCCCCUGCAGUCUGUCAUGCCCCACCCACAGAAAAAAGUAAGAGUACUGUGAACUUUUCUUAUAAGGCAGACACGUUAACUAAACAUAAGGAUGGGGAAAAACAAUCUAAAAAGUUUGGAUUGAAGCUCUUUAGACUAAGUUUUAAGAAGGAUAAAACAAGACAUUUAGCAAAUUUUUCAGCUCAGUUUCCCCCAGAAGAAUGGCCUUUAAAGGAUGAGGACACUCCAAGUACUAUCCCUAGGGAAGUGGAAAUGGAGAUAAUUAGACGGAUUAAUCCAGAUUUGACUGUAGAAAAUGUCAUGAGACAUACUGCACUAAUGAAAAAACUUGAAGAACAGAAGGCCCAGAGGAGCAAAGCAGGCUCAUCUGCUCAUCAGAGUGGGCGGAGCAAAAAAAGCAGGGGGCAUAGAAAGUCUCACGGAAAAUCACGUUCACAUAGUAAAACCAGGGCAUCCAAGGGAGAUCCUUCUGAAGGUUCCCAUUUAGAAGUCCCAGGUGAAAGAGAAUAUGAAUUCUACGAUCCCAUCACUAGGUCUCCACGAGAAGGCUGCUUCAUUGUGGAACAUAAAAUAGAUAAUUUUAUGGUGCAUAGCAGUCUGAACAUGAUAGAGUCUCAUUUCCCUGUGACUCCAGAAUGGGAUGUGUCUGGUGAACUUGCCAGAAGAAGAACAGAGAUGCCUUUUCCUGAACCAUCAAGAGGAAUUUCCCACCCUAAGGUCCAUCGUAGCCACAGCCAUACCCAGGAUAGAAGGUCGAGAAAUGAAAGAUCGGGUAAAGCAAAAGAGAGGUCUCGAUCAAUGGAGAGCUCUAAAGGACCACUUAGUGCUCCUUCAGUAAGUACAGCAGAUGAUAUGUUAGAAGGACGCAGCACUGAUGACAAGACACAAAGUCAUUCUUACAUUGAUGACAGCACUUUGCGAUCUUCACAAUCCUUAAGUUAUCAAAGAACUCUUAUGUCAUCUACAAACUAUAGUGAAACACGAACACCUGAAAUUGGCAGUAGCAGUUUAGAAGAGCCCAGCAUUUGUAGUCUAGUAGAACAUUGCAAGCCAGGAGAAAGUAUAUCAUCUUACAAUGAGCUAAACUCUUGUUUAACAAAAUCAACAAAUGAUGAUUAUUUCCAGUGCAACACAUCAAAUGAUACUGUUUUAACUGCCCUUUCCCCACUAGGAAGACGUAAGGAUGAUCAGGACUCUUUAACAUUGUCGGAUGGAAUGAAAAAGAUAUCCCCAGUUGACAGACAGUCUCAGCACACCCCUAGAGAAGCUACAGAAUAUAGCGAGGAGUCUCUAAAAAAUCAAAGUAUUAAUUCCCCUCCUGUAGGCCAAGCAAAUGAAAUGGUGCCAAAUGGAAGACUGUUACAACAUCAUAAUCCUGAAACAGGCAAUUUAGAUAAAAGGAAAGAAAUAUUUAGCAAAGAUACUUUAUUCAAACCUCUGCAUAAUGCAGUGACAGUAAACUAUGUGGACAACAGUUAUCAAAAAUCUGGCACUUUGCACACAAAAUCCCAUCAGAAGACAACUUCAGAUGUACUGCCAAUGAACUGUGAAAACUUUGAACAACCUAGUCUGACCUCUAUUGCACAAACCCUUCCAGACCUCCAGCAGCAGGAAGAUCAAACAGUAAACCAGGAGGCCUCUUCCAUUGAUUAUUAUAAUGUUUCUGAUGAUGAGGACUCUGAGGAAGGAACAAAUAAAAUCGCAGAGGAAGAUAAGAACAGAGAUGAUGCUGGGACAAUGCAGUGGUUACUAGAACGAGAGAAGGAAAGGGACUUGCAGAGAAAAUUUGAGAAGAAUCUCACCCUCCUAACCCCAAAGGAAACUGACAGCAGUAACAGUCAAAGAGCGACUCACUCUGCUCGCUUGGAUAGUAUGGAUAGUAGCAGUAUUACAGUAGAUAGUGGUUUUAAUUCUCCACGUACCAGGGAAAGCCUUGCUUCCAACACUUCCAGCAUUGUUGAAAGUAACAGACGACAGAACCCCAGUCUUAGCCCUGGCCAUGUGGGAACAACCGCACCCUUCAACUUCAGAAUGACUGCAAACCCACCAGCAGCAGAUGCUGAAAAAUUACAGAAACCUUCAAACUGUCUGCAAGCCUCGAUUACAAGUGUUUGACAGUGCUAGGUUACAAACCUCAUGUUGUACCCAUAAUACAUCUAAUACACUGGGGAUCGAAGUUUACAUCUUUGGACAUUGAUAUCUCUAGGCCAUUGUUUUGUUGCAUUUACCAAAAGUGUGCUGCUACUUGGUUUAAAUGAAACAGUGUGUGCUAGACGUCAAAGCUUUGCUUUCCACAGUUCAGCUCAUGUAGCACCUGAAGGUCGCUAAGGGAUUAAAAAGUACAGUUAGCAUCACAGAUCUUAACAAGCACAUAACAUAUACAAGAGUCUAGACACUGUUAAGGGUGAUGUACAAUAUUUCAGUCAUGUACCUGACAGUUCCAGCUUAAUGUCACAGAAAUGUGAUGUGUCACUUGAGUUUCAGAGAGUGCCUGUGAAUGGUGGAGUCCACUGCUUCUUUUUCAUUAAGACGUAAUGACUCAAACAUCGGUGGAGUGGAAGAUUAUUUGCAAUGCUUCUCCUGGGGCAAGUAAUCCAAAAUAUGAAUGAAAUCAAGACUGUACUGCAAAGAGCAAAACAUUUCCCCCAAAAUACAUUUCAGUGGAUCGAUGUUGUUGAUGCUGCUGUUUUUAAAACUUUUGUGGCAAAAUGUGCAGUGUGAACUGCAUCUGCGUCCUGUAGUUGUCUCUGGUGGGAGAUUUAUUUGAGCGGGUGUAAUUUGGAAUGUCAGCCUACAUUAGGCUUUCAGACCUGGAUGCUGCAUUGUGAGCUCCUUAUAGGUGCAAAGACUUCUUUUCUAAGAUUUAUAAAGAUCACAAUGAUGAGAUGUGUGUCAGAAUUAUAAGUAGAAUGAUUACCAAGAGAAACUGUAGUCCCAUUGCAAACGCUGUCACAUAUCUGAUUUAUUCCUUUCAGAUGAUCUACUCCAGCAUGUGUCUGUCCGUCCUCCUCAGGUAUUUGCCAUGUCCUGCAUAUGCAACAGAGCAUAGUCCACCCUCCAUUUGAUGACCAGUUUAGUUUUUUUUUUUUCCUGUAGGAUGGUAUGAAAUAGAUCAUCUCUUUAAUGCUGCAUAAUUGGGAGAGGCUGAUUUUGCUUUCCAUGUGUUUGCACAGUUGUCUUUUACUUCACCGACAGCAUAUAAGUACUUGGAGUGAAGGGGUAUAGCCAUUCUUAUGCAACUCAUGACAGAGUAAUUUCCCCCAAAACAAGACUAUUUUACCAUCAUUGAUGGUGGGUUCUAGGACAUGGCUAAGUCUCAGUGGCGGUUGAGAAAGUCUGCCGUCGGUAAGAUAUCCUCCCAUGUUCCUCGUCAGUAAACAUGGCCUGUGUAUACUAGUUCUCAGUGUGCAUUUGGUUUGAAAUAGUGAUUAGUUACAUGAAACCUUAAAAUGUUGUGCUACAACUUAUGGAUUACCAUCAUAUUAAUCUGCUAAUUGGCUAGAAAAUGAAGAAAAAAAAUUGUGAUGAGAAUUAAGUAGGGGAUGAGUGUUGUAGUAGUCAAGGCUUUCACUGGAAAGGGCUAUUAUUCUGGGUGCCUGGCUCAUUUUAGUAGUUGCUCACCUUGGAUUGUCAGUAGUGGACUCUAAAAUUAUUCAUACUGACAUUGGUGCAUUUGCAAAUACUUUUUGGAAAAUAUGGCCAUUCUGUGGGUCCACUAUGAAUCAUCAACAGACAUGCUGCUGAAUUCAAACUGACUAAAUGUAACUCAGUGAACUGAUAUUUCAUUGAAAUAUGAAGUAUUAUUCAAUAUGGAAACAUGUUUGCAGGGUGCAGCACCCCCUACUGCCCCCAUCUCUAAAGUCACACAAACUCAGAGACAUGGAUAAACCUUUCCCCCUACAAAAACAAUUCCUUCCUGUGCAGCAUUUAAUAUUUUCAUGACCUGCCUGAGGAGCGACAUUUGUUUGAUGAACUGAAAAUCCACAUUUCAUCCAUCAAAGAAUUGUUUUGAACCUCCAUUCAUUUUCUCUGAAACAGGAUUCUUUAGAGAUGAUGUAUAAAGUGGCAUAUAACUUCAGUUUAAGACAGCAAAUUGCUGCUGGUGCUAGAAAGCAUCAGAAGCAGCUCUCUGGUUACUGUGUGUCACCCCCUCCUAUCUUGAAACAAUGGAUGAGUUCUAGGUAAUCCAGAUACUGUGAAUGCUCCUGACAUGUCCUACCCACCUUGGACAGAUGGCAUGUAGUCUGGGAUGGGAGGGGAGAAAGUUUAAUGGGGGAGGUGCAGGACUCUGCCAACAGGUUAAUUUCAGCCAUCUUCUCUAGUUAAGGAGAGACGUGAUUUAUGAGCCAUUAAAGUACUUCGGUGUGGUCCUGCUUCUGAUUGGUGAAGUAUACAGAUGUGGCUUAUCAGUAUCCUUUCCAGGCUGCUGUUGGCCUCUUAAUAGGAUUUGGUGUCUCUGCAUGCUGGGGCACCCCAGGGGGGAAUACAAAAGUAGGCACUGGUGCUGCCUGGCAUGGUACUCAUCACCUGAUUAUUUGCUUUCAGAUGUUAAUUUAAGUUUAAUUAUAUUAUUAUGCAGAGAAUCACAGGGCCUUUACUUGAUAACAUAGGUGCUGUCUACCAAUUAAAACCUGACACUGCAGAUUGCAUAAUUAAAGUGUCAGAAACACUCCAUCAUUUGGUGCUUGCUUAUUCCUGACAUUAGGCAGUCUUAUGGCAGUAUGCUGUGUAUGGAAGGGGUGAAGCAGAGUGCCAGUCAAAGUCAUCUGCAGACCUUCAAUGCAAGCAAAAGAUAUUGUUCAUCGUACUGGGUCUAGAACUGCUAUUUGUAAACAAAUUCAUCAGGCACAAUCAAUAAGCAAAAAAAUAAAAAAAAUAAACCCAUUUUGUCUAAAAGCAAAUUCUUCAAAAGUAUGCAAAACACAAUGCACCUAAAGUAUGCAAAACACAAUGCACCUAAUUAUCGACAGUACUUUUUGCAUGAGCCCGUGGCCUGCCCUGUCACCCAUGCAAGAUGAAAAAAGCACUAAAUGCUUCAUAACCCUAAACCUAAACAUAAUAACCCUAACUGCAGCCAAAAUCAAAGCCUCAGCUCUAAUCCUAAUUAAAACUCUCCAUGGUAUUAUCAGAAGAUUGUGGUGGGUUUUCUGAUCAUAAGUAAGUUAUUAUAUGUUCAACACGUGAAUGCCUAGAAGUUCACAUUGAGUGCAAAGCUCUGAAGGUGAAUUUUGGCAUCCAUUUCAAGCGCACAUAGUAAGGGUUAUGAUUGGUGACCUGAUCGUAAUUCAUUGUAAUGCGUGGAGCUUUACCUGCUCCAUGUACCAUCAGUUACAGAAAAAAGGCUUUGAAAGCUGGUAACACAUUUUGCUGCCAAACAGACAGCAGGCAGAAGCAAAGUGUCUCUUGAAAGACUGGGCUUUAAAAUUUAAGUGCUUUGUUCUACUAUGCUUUUUGUUUAUAAGUAUGGUAGAGGGAAGUAGCUAACAGAUUUUAAGCUUCUUUAUCUUUUUCCAAUGCCAUUUGCUGGCUGUCACUGCCCGCCAUAGCAUGAGACCUAAUCUUAACAGUGCAUGGGGAUGCUUAACAAGCUUUUUCUAAGCACACCCUAAGAGCUGCGUAAAUUGGGUUUCAUGCUAGUGACAUGUGAAAGGUGCGCAACAAAUUUAUAUUCUUCCCAAAUUCAGAGCAUAAGUCCGCACUCUACAUAAUCAUAGUGGACAGAUGCAUACCUGCAUUGUGCUCACAUUUUUUAGUAUGCCACCAGGGCUUCUGUCAUUCAUAGACAUCAUGGUGCACAGGAGUACUGCAUACCCUAAUGCAUACCAGCAUUGUGCUCAUGUUGUUUAGUAUGCCACCAGAGCUACCCUCAUUCAUAGACAUCAUGGCGCACAGGAGUACCAUGUACCAUAAUGCAUACCAGCAUUGUGCUCAGGUUAUUUAGUAUGCCACCAGGUCUGCCGUCUUUCAUAUACAUCAGGGUGCACAGGAGUACCAAAUGCCAUAAUGCAUACCAGCAUUGUGUUCACAUUGUUUAAUAUGCUACCAGGUCUACCAUCAUUCAUAGACAUCAUGGUGCAAAGGAGUACCUCACACCCUAAUGCAUACCACCUUUGUGCUCACGUUGUUUAGUAUGCCACCAGGUCUACCAUCAUUCAUAGACAUCAUGGUGCAUAGGAGUACCUCACACCCUAAUGCAUAACAGCUUUGUGCUCACGUUGUUUAGUAUGCCACCAGGGCUACCAUCAUUCAUAGACGUCAUGGUGCAAAGGAGUACCUCACACCCUAAUGCAUAACAGCUUUGUGCUCACAUUGUUUAGUAUGCCACCAGGUCUGUCUACCGUCAUUCAUAGACAUCAUGGUGCACAGGAGUACCUCAUACCCUAAUGCAUACCAGCAUUGUGCUCACAUUGUUUAAUAUGCCACCAGGGCUACCAUCAUUCAUAGACAUCAUGGUGCACAGGAGUUCCCUGUACUCUAAUGCAUUCUAGCAUUGUGCUCAUAUUGUUUAAUAUGCCACCAGGACUACCGUCAUUUAUAUACAUCAUGUUACACAGGAGUACUGCUUACCCUAAUGCAUAGUAGGUGGUCCUGUGGUAGGGCUGGCAGGCAGCAGCAUAUAGCAUGAUACAGCACAACAGCAUAAGGCACAUAGGUAAGGCAAAGUCUGUCUUAUCAAAUGGCUGUGUGUAGUCCCAUGAUAAGUAACUGCCAGUACCAUCACUCUGUUAUCCUCAUCAUGCCUGAUUGUGAUUCAUAAGGAAAUCACAGUCAUUAGAUUCCAGUACCUCCCUCUGCUCUGGAAUAAUCUUCCAUUACAGGUUAAGCAAUGUGAUUCCCUGUCAUCCUUUAAACAUAACACUACAUCUCUGUUCUGGGCUCCCAUCAUUAACUGACUGAUCAUCAAGUAGUCAUUAGACACCAGCGUCUCCCUCUGCUGUGGAAUAAGCUUUCAUUACAGAUCAAGCAGUGCAGUUCUCUGUUGUUUUUCAGAUAUAGCUUGGAUAUCUGGACAAGUACCAUUAAAUUUACUCUGGGGUUUACAGACCUUGCCCUCCAUAGAAGGGGUAUUAGAGCCUGUUGUUGGCAAGGUGAACGUGACCUGUGUUCACAUUGCCCUGUAUAUCAUAUGAUCUUAUGAUCCUGUGGGUCAUUACCAAGUUAUGGUAAUGAGGGUAACUAGUUCUGUGUGAGCUCCCAUUGAUGGGACCACACCAGAAGCAUUCUCUCAGAAUGGGGUGGGACAAGAUAAUAUGUGGUAGCAAGAUUUUCUGUAAGGAACUCCUUUUCUGGUAGGUGUUGCUGUUUUUCUUUUUUUCUCCUUAUUGUAUGACAGUGUACUGCUGGGGAGAGUGAUAGCAGCACUUAGGAGCCCAGCACCAUUGGUAGGUGCAUGGUUGUUGUCACAUGGUACCACACUGGGAAAAGACAGUAUUCCCAUGGUAUUUACUGUAACUAAAUUGCAUACAAUUAUAACGGGGUGUUUUGCAUUUGUACUCCGUUUGUGGAGCACUAAGCUUAAAAAUAGUGCAAGACUACAUAUGUAGUCUUGCUGAAGAGUGUCACAAGCUUUUAGUUGGUUUGAGCUUUGUUGUAGAUUUACAGUGUACCAGCCCUACUCCAGUGUUUUACGAAUACCACCCUCUGACUCUUAAAGUCACCAACUUGUCAAGUAGAAUAGCAGUUACGUUAAACAAAUGAUAUUUAUUCUUUGUAAUAUUUCCAUAGAACUAAUUCUCAUCCAUUGCAGCAUUUGUACAAUUCAGAAAUAUAACCAAGAGGAAUCAGCCAAACAGCUCUUGAGCAAAUAUGGCCAUGGACAAGUAACCUACUGCCAUUAUUAACUUAAAACCAGCAUGAAUGUCAAGACAACCAGAUACAUUUAACAUAAGUCUUUGUGAGACAUCCAGCAGAAGAUUUUUUUUUCUUUUUUUCUCUUUUUUUUUUUUUAUUGCAGAAAGUGUAUCCUGUAAGCAAAGAAGAUAAUAUAAUCAAAGCUGACAAACUGAAAAUAUGUAAUAAUGUUUUAUUAGGUAGCAGCAUAACUGUGCUUAUUUAAUUAUCAUUUGUUAUCUAGGUAAGUGGGUUUUUGGCCCUUCUCAGCUAUGACAUGGGCCACCAAAAGGACAAAAAUAUGUGUGGGU